GGUUGCAUGACCGCUAAAAUUACUUACUUGGGGGCCUGCAGUGGUGUUUGACUGGGUAUUGCUGCCUGGUUCUGAAUGAUGUCAGAACAGGAUUUGGCAGAUGUUGUUCAGAUUGCUGUUGAAGACUUGACUCCAGAUAACCCAGUUGUGUUGGAGAACCAUGAAGUGACAGAUGAUGAUGUAGAGCCUGCUCUAAAACGUCAUCGUAUAGAAAUUAACUGCCAGGACCCCUCUAUUAAGUCAUUCCUGUAUUCCAUUAAUCAGACAAUAUGCCUGCGGUUGGAUAGCAUUGAGGCAAAGUUGCUGGCGCUGGAGGCUACCUGUAAAUCAUUGGAAGAGAAGUUGGAUCUUGUCAUGAACAAACAGCAUAGCCCCAUCCAAGUCCCCAUGGUGGCAGGUUCUCCUCUUGGCGCUACACAGACGUGCAAUAAAGUACGAUGUGUUGUCCCUCAGACUACAGUAAUACUGAACAACGACCGGCAGAAUUCAAUUGUAGCCAAGAUGGUUGGGCAGGAAGAGCCAUUGAGCAGAGCAGCGGAUUCUCUGGAGAAUAUCCUUAGCAAUGCUGUUCCUGGACGUAGGCAGAACACCAUAGUGGUGAAAGUUCCAGGGCAUGAUGACAGUCACAAUGAAGACGGAGAGAGUGGCUCUGAGGCCAGUGACUCAGUUUCCAACAGCGGACAAUUAGGAAGCCAAAGUAUUGGGAACAAUGUCACGCUUAUUACGCUGAACUCUGAAGAGGAUUACCCCAAUGGGACAUGGCUCGGAGAUGAAAAUAACCCUGAGAUGCGGGUCCGUUGCCCCAUCACCCCUGCUGAUAUGCUGCACAUCAGCACAAACUGCCGCACAGCUGAGAAGAUGGCACUGACGCUGCUUGACUAUCUCUUCCAUCGGGAAAUCCAAGCCAUCUCCAACCUUUCAGGCCAAGGGAAGCAUGGGAAGAAGCAACUUGAUCCUCUCAUGAUUUAUGGAAUUCGCUGUCACCUAUUUUAUAAAUUUGGAAUCUCAGAAUCUGACUGGUAUCGAAUCAAGCAAAGCAUAGACUCCAAAUGCCGAACAGCUUGGAGACGGAAACAGCGAGGCCAGAGUCUUGCCGUGAAAAGCUUUUCAAGGCGAACACCGUCGUCGUCGUCUUACAGUGGUUCAGAUGGUUCACAGAGUUCAGUUUCAGCUUCAAAUGAAGUCCAUCAGAACCAGCCCCAGGCACUACACUAUGCACUAGCCAAUGCUCAGCAGGUUCAGAUCCACCAGAUAGGAGAAGAUGGACAAGUCCAAGUAGGCCAUCUCCACAUAGCCCAGGUUCCUCAAGGCGAACAAGUCCAAAUCACGCAGGACAGUGAGGGAAACCUGCAGAUACAUCAAGUUCAUGUGGGUCAAGAUGGGCAG